AUGGUAAUGUUGGCACUCAUUCGUGUGCUGUUGUUAGUGUUGACAAGUCCCUUGUUUGCAGCUGGUGCUACAUGUCCUUCACCUACUAUUAUUGCAAUACCAAUUGUAGUUGCUCCUCCUUCUUCGACAAUGAAUGUGCCAGUGAUAUACACUACUCGUGGAGGUUGUACUCCACCUGGAGCAAUAACGUGUUCCUUGGCAUCUUCAGGUUUGCCUAGCGUGACUAUAGUCGAUUCAACAACAGUCUCGGUUGCUGCUUCUGCAGGUGUUUCUACAGGAAGUCUUACGGUUUCAUGUACAGAAACAAACGGUGGAUCUUCUUCGGUUCAACUCAUCAUGGCAAUAGCAAACCCAACUGUCGUGUCAAUGGCAAGCGUGGCUACAAAUCAGCUUGCAUCAGAUGCAUCUCCUUUACAAAUCACACCAACAAUGUUGACUGCUGCAUCUAUAGGUCCCUACCCAAAACAAUUUUUUUGUUACCAUAUCCUAGAUAAAACUGUUGGAUCGUGGAUUGUAUCUAAUCCGACUUCAAAUUGUGACUUUACACAGCUGGAUAUUGACAACAAAAAUGUCAUGUUUUUGCCUACUCCUCUGGGUUCAAUUGGUGCUUCAAAAACCAUUUCUGUACCGUUUACAGUCGAUAAUAGACUGGGAAACUCGCUAAGUGCAUCAAUGAGCUUUGUUGUACAAGCUGCUUUCGCGCCUAGAUCCAUCACCAGUCCAGCUACACUCGUGGCAAAAACCACCAUUCCAAUUGUUCUUGGAAGCCGUUAUAUUAAUACUGUAGAGCCGCACAAUAUCAGUACAUGGGAUGCUGUAUGGAAUCUUCCUGCCAUUCCAAAUAUGGGUCAGUGGGAAUGGUACUGUCCUGACAACAGUUGCGGUGGUCAAGGUUGGACUCUUUUUCCAAGUUUUCCUGCAAAUAUAACUCAGGGUGCGAUCGUUAUUAAUGCGGUAAGAUGGAACCCUCUCUCGCUUCCUUCAGGAUCAUCAACAACGUUCAAUAUUACUGGAACCAUUGGGGGUGUGCUAAUGACCCAACAACUGACAUUAUCUGUGCUGGAUAAUCCAGAUUUUACAACAAUUCCUCCAGCACCCUACUCGAUCGGAUACGGAUACUGUGGUGAUCACAUCACUCUUGGCAAAUCGGGAGUGACUCCAAACUUGCAACUGCCAUUUGGACCGUAUAUUGCAAACUCACCGAUACGUCCAUUGUGUACCUCGCUCAACGUGACGGCUGGUCAGACUACAGCAUUAGGUGAUUUUUCAAUCACAUCCAACUGCGCGACAUUGGUGAAUGCUUCAGGUUGGAUAAAUCUUGGAAGUGAUGUCUUGUUUCCACCUGGGUUUACUCCCAUCACUUUCACUGGGUCGAUAUCCACUGUGGGCACAGUACUUUCUGCUAUUCAAAUUGUACAAAACGUAGCAUGCAAAACAAGUUUACGUACCCCACAACUACAGGGUAUGGCUACCAACAUGCCUUUUCAAUCGCGAGCAGAUGUGGGCGUUUUUGCUUACGACAAGCUGACAGGAAACACUGUUUUUAUUGGUGCAACAGCUUGGAACGACAAUACUGUUAACCCGUUUCGUAUCACUACGACACUUCCAGGUAGUGGUAUAUACAUAUUUGGUGCGUUGAACAACACGGUAGCCACGACUCUUCCUGGAUCUCUUGGAACCGACAUGCAGUUUAUUUCUACAUGGACAUCCAAGACAUUUUCUUUUGGUGCCUUGAAUGUAACAAUUACUUCCGCGUAUGAUUUGACCAUCAAUGUCAACACAAUCCUGUUACUUGCUCGACCCUCUGUGACGAUUGACGCUGCGUACAUUAUCGGAACAACACAAACGAAUCCCGUUACUCUAGCAUUGACGAGUCGAACUGAAGUUGGAUUUGUUUGGGCAGUUUAUUCUACUUCGAGUACUGCUGCGGGUGGAUCGUGGUUACCCUUAUCCACCAUCGUAAACCCUGAUGGAUCCAUCAAAGCAUAUGUAUCCGCUUCGGGUAUUUAUGGUAUUGUCAAUGCAGGUGCAGUGGCCAGUAGCGCCGUGUCCAACUCCAAAAACAUGUAUGAAUCCACAACACUGAUUGCAGCCAUUUUUAUCGGAGUGUUUGCUUUGUGGUGCAAUUGA